AUGGCAACAAGAGAGGAGAUACGGGAGGGCAAGAAGGCCAAGGUGACUCAAAUAAAGGACCUUGCGUUUAACAUGUUCGGCAAGGCGAUGGAGGACGGCGUCAGCGAUAGGGAGAACCCUCAAGUGAUAGUGGCCCGGGACCAUACCAGCGUCAACUGGAUGGUAAUUUUGAAAAAGCCGGACCAAAUUGACCCAAAUGCCAGCCUCUUUCGUGCGAAAAUGGACUUUACCCCGCGAGAAGCAGAAACAGAUUUGGCUCCUCAAAUUGGCACUCAGCACUAUUUAAUUGUUGGUUACGCCAAAGCAGACCUCGACAAGAAGUAUUUCCAGCAAGACGCAGGCGUCACGGCCAAGAUGAUCGGAUACGAUCGUCCGGCAGAGAUUCUCCCCUGGAUUGAUUCACAGAAUCCUACCUGCUACGUGGUCACCCCCAUUACCGAUGCUGUCCCAGAACAGAAGAAGUUGUACGUUCUGUUGGCGCAAAAGGCUGGCUUGUGUACCCCUUAUCAGAUCUCGAAGGACAUGGUCUUCUGGCGUUGGGAGUAUCGCAGUGAUGACAAAAGUCUAUCAAAAAGAAAGGUUGCUUGGCCCAAUCUGAUGACCCAACACUCCGUGCGUGUGGGAACAAACCUGCCGGCCUCAAGCAAACAAGAGGUGUUCAAACGCGCCCAGAACGUGGGCAAGGUCAUCGUGGAGCCUCACGAAGACUUGGGCAAUGAAAUGAAGAUGAUGGCACUGGCAUUCAAGGAAACCAAGAAACCCUGGUUUUUGGCUGAAAUGAAGAGGCUUCUCAAGAGAGCCAACAUCGACCUCGAUUAUAGGCCCUUGCUACCAAACAAGGGUCUCCGAACUUUCGUCUUACUCGACGGCGUCGAUUUCGGAGAGGACGAUGCGAAGUGUGUAGUCGAAGAGGUGGCUUCGAUGUGGCCUGAAGUUGAAGGCAUGACUGCGGACAAGGUUCUGUACCUCAACAAACUUCUUCGCCAGGAAGGAUUUCAAAUCAAACUCUUCCAGUUGAAGGGACUCCUUGCGGAAGCAAUGUAUCAGCUAGCGGAGGUCACUCCUGACAACCCCUUGAUGGAUGAAACAGGCUUUGUUGCUACUCUCGCUGCCACGCUCGACCGAGUCGUUGGUAAGGAGGCACAACCAAAACCGACAGCGACGAAUAUGACCGAGGAAGCCCGUGACGCACUGCUUGCUGCUGUCCUGACCAAGCUGAAGGAGAUAUUGGAGGUUUACCACAAAUUCCACGACGAUCUGAAUGCCCUUUUUGGCGACCAUGUUCUUGAGGGCGCUGGGCCGUAUGAUUUCUGGAGCAAAUUCAAAGAGUCUCCGGACACCGACUCUGCUAGGAUGUGCUUUUUCCACGUUUUCAAAUUCAUGGCGGUAGAAGAGCAGCACGUUCUCCAUGAGGGUUUCAUCAAGCCCCUUCGGGAAGUGGUCCAGGUGCUCGAGAACUUGGAUCUAUCUGCCAACUGA